AUGCACGCGCAGCACCCUCCCCCGGAAGCGGAAACCGAGAACCUGGCGUCACGGAAACCACCAGACCGGAAGCGGAGAGACAGAGCGGCUAGCGGUAAUAUCCGAGUCCGGGCGCUUGUACGGCGCUAACAGAGCUCAGUGCUCGUCUUAUUCCCCUCCAGCGACUUAUAGAAAGAAUGAAUCCUGUCACCCGCACCGCCCUCACAUCCCCUGCCUCCAUAUAGUGUGUACCCUGUAUACCGUAUAUCCCCUAUACAGUGUGUGUACUAUAGAUAUAUAUAGCUCCCCAUAUAGUGUGUACCCUGUAUACCGUAUAUCCUCUAUACAGUGUGUGUACUAUAGAUAUAUAUAGCUCUCCAUAUAGUGUGUGUACCCUGUAUACCGUAUAUCCUCUAUACAGUGUGUACUAUAGAUAUAUAUAGCUCUCCAUAUAGUGUGUGUACCCUGUAUACCGUAUAUCCUCUAUACAGUGUAUGUACUAUAGAUAUAUAUAGCUCCCCAUAUAGUGUGUACCCUGUAUACCGUAUAUCCUCUAUACAGUGUAUGUACUAUAGAUAUAUAUAGCUCCCCAUAUAGUGUGUACCCUGUAUACCGUAUAUCCUCUAUACAGUGUAUGUACUAUAGAUAUAUAUAGCUCUCCAUAUAGUGUGUGUACCCUGUAUACCGUAUAUCCUCUAUACAGUGUAUGUACUAUAGAUAUAUAUAGCUCUCCAUAUAGUGUGUAUACCGUAUAUCCUCUAUACAGUGUGUGUACUAUAGAUAUAUAUAGCUCUCCAUAUAGAUUGUGUACCCUGUAUAUCCUCUAUACAGUGUACGUACUAUAGAUAUAUAUAGCUCUCCAUAUAGUGUGUGUACCCUGUAUACCGUAUAUCCUUUAUACAGUGUGUGUACUAUAGAUAUAUAUAGCUCUCCAUAUAGUGUGUACCCUGUAUACCGUAUAUCCUCUAUACAGUGUGUGUACUAUAGAUAUAUAUAGCUCCCCAUAUAGUGUGUACCCUGUAUACCGUAUAUCCUCUAUACAGUGUAUGUACUAUAGAUAUAUAUAGCUCUCCAUAUAGUGUGUGUACCCUGUAUACCGUAUAUCCUCUAUACAGUGUGUGUACUAUAGAUAUAUAUAGCUCUCCAUAUAGUGUGUACCCUGUGUACCGUAUAUCCUCUAUACAGUGUACGUACUAUAGAUAUAUAUAGCUCUCCAUAUAGUGUGUACCCUGUAUACCGUAUAUCCUCUAUACAGUGUACGUACUAUAGAUAUAUAGCUCUCCAUAUAGUGUGUGUACCCUGUAUACCGUAUAUCCUCUAUACAGUGUAUGUACUAUAGAUAUAUAUAGCUCUCCAUAUAGUGUGUACCCUGUGUACCGUAUAUCCUCUAUACAGUGUAUGUACUAUAGAUGUAUAUAGCUCUCCAUAUAGUGUGUACCCUGUAUACCGUAUAUCCUCUAUACAGUGUGUGUACUAUAGAUAUAUAUAGCUCUCCAUAUAGUGUGUGUACCCUGUAUACCGUAUAUCCUCUAUACAGUGUGUGUACUAUAGAUAUAUAUAGCUCUCCAUAUAGUGUGUACCCUGUAUACCGUAUAUCCUCUAUACAGUGUGUGUACUAUAGAUAUAUAUAGCUCUCCAUAUAGUGUGUGUACCCUGUAUACCGUAUAUCCCAUAUACAGUGUAUGUACUAUAGAUAUAUAUAGCUCUCCAUAUAGUGUGUGUACCCUGUAUACCGUAUAUCCUCUAUACAGUGUGUGUUCUAUAGAUAUAUAUAGCUCUCCAUAUAGUGUGUACCCUGUAUACCGUAUAUCCUCUAUACAGUGUGUGUACUAUAGAUAUAUAUAGCUCUCCAUAUAGUGUGUACCCUGUAUACCGUAUAUCCUCUAUACAGUGUGUGUACUAUAGAUAUAUAUAGCUCUCCAUAUAGUGUGUACCCUGUAUACCGUAUAUCCUCUAUACAGUGUAUGUACUAUAGAUAUAUAUAGCUCUCCAUAUAGUGUGUGUACCCUGUAUACCGUAUAUCCUCUAUACAGUGUAUGUACUAUAGAUAUAUAUAGCUCUCCAUAUAGUGUGUAUACCGUAUAUCCUCUAUACAGUGUGUGUACUAUAGAUAUAUAUAGCUCUCCAUAUAGAUUGUGUACCCUGUAUAUCCUCUAUACAGUGUACGUACUAUAGAUAUAUAUAGCUCUCCAUAUAGUGUGUGUACCCUGUAUACCGUAUAUCCUUUAUACAGUGUGUGUACUAUAGAUAUAUAUAGCUCUCCAUAUAGUGUGUACCCUGUAUACCGUAUAUCCUCUAUACAGUGUGUGUACUAUAGAUAUAUAUAGCUCCCCAUAUAGUGUGUACCCUGUAUACCGUAUAUCCUCUAUACAGUGUGUGUACUAUAGAUAUAUACAGCUCUCCAUAUAGUGUGUACCCUGUAUACCGUAUAUCCUCUAUACAGUGUGUGUACUAUAGAUAUAUAUAGCUCUCCAUAUAGUGUGUGCCCUGUAUACCGUAUAUCCCCUAUACAGUGUGUGUACUAUAGAUAUAUAUAGCUCUCCAUAUAGUGUGUGUACCCUGUAUACCGUAUAUCCUCUAUACAGUGUGUGUACUAUAGAUAUAUAUAGCUCUCCAUAUAGUGUGUACCCUGUAUACCGUAUAUCCUCUAUACAGUGUGUGUACUAUAGAUAUAUAUAGCUCCCCAUAUAGUGUGUACCCUGUAUACCGUAUAUCCUCUAUACAGUGUAUGUACUAUAGAUAUAUAUAGCUCUCCAUAUAGUGUGUGCCCUGUAUACCGUAUAUCCCCUAUACAGUGUGUGUACUAUAGAUAUAUAGCUCUCCAUAUAGUGUGUGCCCUGUAUACCGUAUAUCCUCUAUACAGUGUGUGUACUAUAGAUAUACAUAGCUCUCCAUAUAGUGUGUGUACCCUGUAUACCGUAUAUCCUCUAUACAGUGUAUGUACUAUAGAUAUAUAUAGCUCUCCAUAUAGUGUGUGCCCUGUAUACCGUAUAUCCUCUAUACAGUGUAUGUACUAUAGAUAUAUAUAGCUCUCCAUAUAGUGUGUGCCCUGUGUACCGUAUAUCCUCUAUACAGUGUAUGUACUAUAGAUAUAUAUAGCUCUCCAUAUAGUGUGUACCCUGUGUACCGUAUAUCCUCUAUACAGUGUAUGUACUAUAGAUAUAUAUAGUUCUCCAUAUAGUGUGUACCCUGUGUACCGUAUAUCCUCUAUACAGUGUAUGUACUAUAGAUAUAUAUAGCUCUCCAUAUAGUGUGUACCCUGUGUACCGUAUAUCCUCUAUACAGUGUGUGUACUAUAGAUAUAUAUAGCUCUCCAUAUAGUGUGUACCCUGUAUAUGUAUAUCCUCUAUACAGUGUACGUACUAUAGAUAUAUAUAGCUCUCCAUAUAGUGUGUGUACCCUGUAUACCGUAUAUUCUCUAUACAGUGUACUAUAGAUAUAUAUAGCUCUCCAUAUAGUGUGUACCCUGUAUACCGUAUAUCCUCUAUACAGUGUGUGUACUAUAGAUAUAUAUAGCUCUCCAUAUAGUGUGUGUACCCUGUAUACCGUAUAUCCCAUAUACAGUGUAUGUACUAUAGAUAUAUAUAGCUCUCCAUAUAGUGUGUGUACCCUGUAUACCGUAUAUCCUCUAUACUGUGUGUGUACUAUAGAUAUAUAUAGCUCUCCAUAUAGUGUGUGUACCCUGUAUACCGUAUAUCCUCUAUACAGUGUGUGUACUAUAGAUAUAUAUAGCUCUCCAUAUAGUGUGUGUACCCUGUAUACCGUAUAUCCUCUAUACAGUGUAUGUACUAUAGAUAUAUAUAGCUCUCCAUAUAGUGUGUGCCCUGUAUACCGUAUAUCCUCUAUACAGUGUAUGUACUAUAGAUAUAUAUAGCUCUCCAUAUAGUGUGUGCCCUGUGUACCGUAUAUCCUCUAUACAGUGUAUGUACUAUAGAUAUAUAUAGCUCUCCAUAUAGUGUGUACCCUGUGUACCGUAUAUCCUCUAUACAGUGUAUGUACUAUAGAUAUAUAUAGUUCUCCAUAUAGUGUGUACCCUGUGUACCGUAUAUCCUCUAUACAGUGUAUGUACUAUAGAUAUAUAUAGCUCUCCAUAUAGUGUGUACCCUGUGUACCGUAUAUCCUCUAUACAGUGUGUGUACUAUAGAUAUAUAUAGCUCUCCAUAUAGUGUGUGCCCACUGUAUAUGUAUAUCCUCUAUACAGUGCGUACUAUGAAUGUAUAUAAUCUCAUAUAGUGUGUGGCCCACCCUGUAUACGUAUAUUCUCUAUACAGUGUGUGUACUAGAUAUAUAUAGCUCUCCAUGUAGUGUGUACCCUGUAUACACGUGUAUCCUCUAUACAGUGUGUGUGUACUAUGAAUGUAUAUGGCUCUCCUUAUGGUGUGUGUACCCUGUAUACAUUAUAUCCAUAUACAGUGUAUGUACUAUAGAUAUAUAUAGCUCUCCAUAUAGUGUGUGUACCCUGUAUACCGUAUAUCCUCUAUACAGUGUGUGUACUAUAGAUAUAUAGCUCUCCAUAUAGUGUGUGCCCUGUAUACCGUAUAUCCCCUAUACAGUGUGUGUACUCUAGAUAUAUAUAGCUCUCCAUAUAGUGUGUGUACCCUGUAUACCGUAUAUCCUCUAUACAGUGUGUGUGUACCCUGUAUACCGUAUAUCCUCUAUACAGACUAUAGAUAUAUAUAGCUCUCCAUAUAGUGUGUGUACCCUGUAUACCGUAUAUCCUCUAUACAGUGUAUGUACUAUAGAUAUAUAUAGCUCUCCAUAUAGUGUGUACCCUGUAUACCGUAUAUCCUCUAUACAGUGUAUGUACUAUAGAUAUAUAUAGCUCUCCAUAUAGUGUGUGCCCUGUAUACCGUAUAUCCUCUAUACAGUGUAUGUACUAUAGAUAUAUAUAGCUCCCCAUAUAGUGUGUACCCUGUAUACCGUAUAUCCUCUAUACAGUGUAUGUACUAUAGAUAUAUAUAGCUCCCCAUAUAGUGUGUACCCUGUAUACCGUAUAUCCUCUAUACAGUGUACGUACUAUAGAUAUAUAUAGCUCUCCAUAUAGUGUGUACCCUGUGUACCGUAUAUCCUCUAUACAGUGUACGUACUAUAGAUAUAUAUAGCUCUCCAUAUAGUGUGUAUCCUGUAUACCGUAUAUUCUCCAAACAGUGUACGUACUAUAGAUAUAUAUAGCUCUCCAUAUAGUGUGUGUACCCUGUAUACCGUAUAUCCUCUAUACAGUGUGUGUACUAUAGAUAUAUAUAGCUCUACAUAUAGUGUGUGUACCCUGUAUACCGUAUAUCCUCUAUACAGUGUGUGUACCAUAGAUAUACAUAGCUCUCCAUAUAGUGUACCCUGUAUACCGUAUAUCCUCUAUACAGUAUGUGUACUAUAGAUAUAUACAGCUCCCCAUAUAGUGUGUACCCUGUAUACCGUAUAUCCUCUAUACAGUGUGUGUACCAUUGAUAUACAUAGCUCUCCAUAUAGUGUACCCUGUAUACCGUAUAUAUAUAUAGUGUGUACCCUGUAUACCGUAUAUCCUCUAUACAGUGUAUGUACUAUAGAUAUAUAUAGCUCUCCAUAUAGUGUGUGCCCUGUAUACCGUAUAUCCUCUAUACAGUGUAUGUACUAUAGAUAUAUAGCGCUCUCCAUAUAGUGUGUGUACCCUGUAUACCGUAUAUCCUCUAUACAGUGUGUGUACUAUAGAUAUAUAUAUAGCUCUCCAUAUAGUGUGUACCCUGUAUACCGUAUAUCCUCUAUAUAGUGUAUGUACUAUAGAUAUAUAUAGCUUCCCAUAUAGUGUGUACCCUGUAUACCGUAUAUCCUCUAUACAGUGUGUGUACUAUAGAUAUAUACAGCUCCCCAUAUAGUGUGUACCCUGUAUACCGUAUAUCCUCUAUACAGUGUGUGUACUAUAGAUAUAUAUACCUCUCCAUAUAGUGUGUACCCUGUAUACCGUAUAUCCUCUAAACAGUGUAUGUACUAUAGAUAUAUAUAUAGCUCUCCAUAUAGUGUGUACCCUGUAUACCCUAUAUCCUCUAUACAGUGUAUGUACUAUAGAUAUAUAUAGCUCUCCAUAUAGUGUACCCUGUAUACCGUAUAUCCUCUAUACAGUGUAUGUAUUAUAGAUAUAUAUAUAGCUCUCCAUAUAGUGUGUGUACCCUGUAUACCGUAUAUCCUCUAUACAGUGUAUGUGCUAAAGAUAUAUACAGCUCUCCAUACAGUGUGUACCCUGUAUACCGUUUAUCCUUUAUACAGUGUAUGUACUUUACAUAGGACACGAGGCCAUGCGUUUAGACUGGAAGAAAGAAGAUUUCGUCUAAGGCAAAGGAAAGGUUUUUUUUAUUGUAAGAACAAUCAGGAUGUGGAAUUCUCUGCCUGAAGAAGUGGUUUUAUCAGAGUCCAUACAGAUGUUCAAACGGCUACUAGAUGCAUACUUGCAAGCACAGAAUAUUCAAGGAUAUAAUCUUUCAAUGUAGGGUAAUAACUGCUUGAUCCAAGGAUAAAUCUGACUGCCAUUCUGGGGUCAAGGAAUUUUUUCCUCGCUUGUUGCAAACAAGCUUCAAACUGGUUUUUUGCCUUCUUUUUGACUGCGCUAAAAACAAAGGGAGGUAGGCUGAACUUGAUGGACGCAAGUCUCUUUUUCGCUAUGUAAAUGGCGUAACUUAUAGAUAUAUAUAGCUCUCCAUAUAGUGUAAAUUCUGUAUACUAGAUAUCCUAUACAGUGUAUGUAAGGUAUAUAUAUAUAUAUAUAUAUAUAUAUAUAUAUAUAUAUAUAUAUAUAUAGCUCUCCAUGGUGUGUCCCUGUAUACUAUAUAUCCUCUAUACAGUGUGUACCAUAGAUAUGUGGUUUUAUGUAGUGUGUGUAAUAAUUGCAUGCUUAUAUCCUCUAUAAUGUAUGUAUUAUAGACAGACAGUCUCCGCAAAAUUACCCUCCAAGCACCUUUCCCACUUAUGGUUCUACCAUCCUUCCUGUAAUUUUUUGUUUUCCUCCUACCCCCUCCCUUUGUGUUCUCUCUUACCUCCCGUCCUUUUAUGGUCUCUCACCUAAGUUAUUUUUUACAGGUCUUUUUAUGGUGUUUAACUGCCUCUGGUUCUUUAGGGUGUUAACUGUCUCUGCCCCCACCCCCGGCCCUUGUGGUCUCACCACCCCCCCUUUGUGGUCUUUCACCCCUACCUCCUCCCUUUCUCUUUCCUUGUUUGUGGUCUCUCCUUCCCCCCCAUAGCCCUGUCCCUUGUUGCGCUCUCAUUUCCCCAUCCCACUUGUGCUCUCUCUUUUCCUCCUGACACCUUGUGGUCCCCCCACACCUCCAUCACUUUGUGGUCUCAUUACACACACACACCGUCCCUUUGGGGUCUCUCAUUCGCCCCUGUCCCUUUGCGGUCUCUCAUACUCCUUCCCCUCUCUCCCUCUUGUCACUUUGUUGAGGUUUCUCAUAGCCCUCAUCCCUUUGUUGAGGUUUCUCAUCCUGCCCCACUCACCCCCAUUCCUACGAGGUCUAUUACAACUCGUUCUUUUGUGGUCUGUCAUUCCCCCAUCUCCUGUCCCUUUGUGGUCUCUCAUCCCCCGCCCUUCCCUUUGGGGUCUCUCAUUCCUCCCCGUCAUCCCUUUUGUGGUUUUGUUUUGGUUCAAGACUUGAACAGUUUCCUCUAUCCUCAAGUGGUUUACACCAAAUUGUAGACACACUAAUAGGUUGAGUUACACUCACAUUUGGCUAAGGCAUAGAUAAGUCUGGUAAUUUGUUACCAAAUAAGUAGAAUCGUUUUUAUGUAGGCAUCUUGUGAAAACAAACAUACUAAAUGAGAUUUUGCUAUUUUUCUUAGAGAAUUCAGAAGAUGAUCAAUGAAAAUGGGACUUUUGUAGAACCCUAAUGUCUUCUACUUCAUCUCCUGUUAGUUGUAAGUUCAUAUUAGACGUGUUAUUGUUGAUCAGUGCUGUCCUUCAAGUUUUUGGAGAGAAAAGACAUACAGUCCCUGGCAUUAUUUUCACAUUAUUUUCCCUUGGAUCUCUGAUUUUUGUCAGUCACUGAUCCUGAAAGGUAAACUAUCCAUGUGCAGGAAAUCUCUGUAGCUAUGUAGAAAGAAUAUCUAUAAUAUAUCAUCUCUUUAGCUAUAAAGAAAAAAAUAUUAAUUAUAUACACACACACUAUAUUGGCAUAAGUAUUGGGACACCUGACCAUUACUCCAACAUGGACUUUUGUGACAUCACAUUCUAAAUACAUACACAUUAAUAUGUAGUUGGUCCCCCUCUUUGCAGCUAUAACAGCUUCCACUCUUCUGGGAGCGCUUUCCACAAGAUCUUGGAAUGUUUCUGUGGAUAUUUUCGACAAAUUCUUCCAGUAGAGCAUUUGUGAGGUCAGGCACUUAUGUUGGAUGAGAAAGCUUGGCCCACAAUCUCCAUUCCAGUUCAUCCCAAAGGUAUUGAGCGGUUUUGAGGUCAGGGUUUUGUGCAGGCUAGUCCAGUUCUUCCCGUCCAAACUCAUCCAACCAUAUCUUUAUGGACUUUGGUUUGUGCCCUGGGGCACAAUCAUGUUGGAAUAGAAAUGGGCCUUCCCCAAGCUGUUCCCACAAAGUUGGAAGCAUAGCAUUGUCCAAAAUGUCUUGGUGUCCUGAAUCAUUAAGAUUUCACAUAACUGAAAGAAAUGGGCCUAGCCCAAACCGUGAAAAUCAGCCCCAUGCAAUUAUUGCUCCACUACCAAACUUUAACGUUUGCACAAUGUAGUCAGACAAGGUAAUGUUUUCCUGGCAUCUGCCAAACCCCGGCCCACUUAUCUGACUGCAAAACAGAUUAGAACACGUGCCCAGUAGCGGCAUGAUUUACAUACUUGAUCUGACGCUUGGCAUUGUACUUGGUCAUGUGAGGCUUGCAUGCAACUGCCAUGAAGCUCCAGCUGCACGUUUGUAGUAAUAGUAAUUACCGUGGAAGUUUGGAUCUCUUCAAAGAGAUUCUAUUCUUUUGAAUACGCAGAGUGUUGUCGACUUUUACGCGCCAUGCACCUGGUACUUUGUUACCCUGCUCUAUGACUUAAUGUGGUCGUCUGCUUCACGGCUGAGUUGCUGCUGUUCCUAAACGCUUCCACUUUCCAAUAAUACCACUUGCAGUUGACCAUAUAGUAGAUAUGAAAUUUCAAAUUCUGACUUAUUGCAAAGGUGGCAUCCUAUUACAGGACCACGCUUGAAUUACCACAAAUGUUUGUAGAUACAGACUCCAUAGCUAGGUGCUUGGUUUUAUACACCUGUGCCAAUGGGUCUGAUUGAAACACUUGAAUUCUAUAAUUAAGAGGUGUGUUCCAAUUUCCUUUGCUCAUAUAGUGUGUGUAUGUGUAAAUAUAUAUAUAUGAGCACAUACAAACACUGUACACUUAUUUGCCACCUGUACCUUUUUGUGUGUGCACAUUAUUUACACAAUUUUUACCCUUUUUCUAGUUACAGGCUUACUUUGGUAUACACAUCCUGAUUCAGGCCAUGCUGGUGCCAAUCUCGCUUAUUUCUUGACUCCUAAGAAGUAAAAUAUGGCGCAUGUUCAUGACAUCAUAGUCCUAGAUGAUGAUGAUGAAGAGGAAGAAGAAAAACCACACUGCUCUAAAGUUAAGAGCUCUCCUAAGCAGCCACAGCCUCAAAGUAAUGGGAAGAAGGAAGUUGAUGACAACCAGAAGAGUGCCACAUUCGGUGCACAAAAUAACAAACUGUUUGAAGAGGUAAGUAAGAAUUGUGAUGUAGUUUGAAUAUUUUUGUCACUGUUGGUGAUAUUUUUUCCAUUCUUUCCCAACUACUGUGUUUGAUCUUUAUAUCUUUUUAUAGGAUCGUAUUUAACUUUUUCCUUUCCUGUUUUAGUUCGUAGAUUACUGUUCCAGUCUCACUUUAGAGCAUCCAGAAGUCAUAUUUUUUCUCAGGGGGAAAUUUUCCCGAGCCAACCCUUCAUUUCUAUCCUCUGUUGAGUUUCACAACGUCCUGGGCCGGUGUCUCACCAGGGUGCAAAACAAGCGCUCUAAGGUUUAUGUUUACAUAAAUGAGCUAUGUACAGCCCUAAAGGCCAACUCACAAAAACGCAAAAUUUCCUUACAACCCUCAUCAAGUGUGCAAUCUUUUGAAGAAAGUAGGGAAAUAGUAGAUGAUAACCCUGAAGAGGUAAAAGAAGAAGAAACCCAAGAAAGGAAACCUGGAUCUAAGCGUCAAAUCCGGUAUUUGGAGAAUUUGCUCCGAAUAUACUCUAGAGAGAUCCAGAAGCUACAAGAGAGAGAGCUAAGCCUUGAUGAGCUAGAAGAUGAGGAUUCAGCCUACAUACAGGAGGCCAGACUCAAACGCAAGCUUUUGCGUAUUUUCCAGAAACUUUGUGAUCUGAAAAACUGUUCUAGUCUUACUGGUAGAGUAAUAGAGCAGAAGAUACCUUAUCGAGGCACUCGCUACCCAGAAAUAAAUCGCCGACUGGAGAAAUUUAUCAAUGGAUCUCAGGAUAUUUUUCCGGAUUAUGGGGAUGUGUUGCGAGUGAUUCAGAAAGCUAGCGAUAGGCAUGCGCUUGGGCUGCCACGCAAACAAAUACAGAGCAUGGCCCAGGAUGCUUUCCGAGAACUUGGCAAUCGACUGCAGGAGAGGAGACACUUAGACUUGGUGUAUAAUUUUGGGUGUCACCUAACGGAUAUUUAUAAGCCUGGUGAGUGAGAUCAUGAAGGAGUAUUAAGCAGUUUUCCAUAUUUUUUUUUUAUUUCAUUUUUUAAUUUAUUUUAUUUAUUUAUUUAUUUAUUUAUUUUGAGCAUAAACUUCUUUUCAGCUCUUAGUUUAUAUAAAGUAGAUUGGGUUUUUGACAUAAGGACAAGACUGCCUGUGAAUAUUUGACUCAUCUAAACGUACAGCCCACACUAAGGAAGUGACAAUUAUGGUAGAAUAGCAUUCUACCCAAGGUAUAGUUUUAGCAGGGAGAACAUUUUAAUUUAAUUUUUACUGUUCCAAUAUGUUGUUGAUUUCCAUUGUCUACAACCAUCCUUAUGUGGUUGUAUAGAAUGCAAUGUUAAGGUCAAACAUGAAAUAACCAUGAGAGAGAGAUACUGCAACCGGAAGAGAAAGGUGCAGAGAAGAGUUAGUGGUUGUAAAAGAGUAAAUGAGAUAAGCCAAAGUCGUAAGGAGAAAGACCUUGUAUUUUGACUAGUGGGAUGUUACACGUGCUAUAAAGACCUUGUAUUUUGACUAGUGGGACGUUACACGUGCUAUAAAGACCUUGUAUUUUGACUAGUGGGAUGUUACACGCGCUAUAAAGACCUUGUAUUUUGACUAGUGGGAUGUUACACGUGCUAUAAAGACCUUGUAUUUUGACUAGUGGGACGUUACACGUGCUAUAAAGACGUAUUUUGACUAGUGGGAAGUUACACGCGCUAUAAAGACCUUGUAUUUUGACUAGUGAGACGUUACACGUGCUAUAAAGACCUUGUAUUUUGACUAGUGGGACGUUACACAUGCUAUAAAGACCUUGUAUUUUGACUAGUGAGACGUUACACGUGCAAUAAAGACCUUGUAUUUUGACUAGUGGGACGUUACACGUGCUAUAAAGACGUAUUUUGACUAGUGGGAAGUUACACGCACUAUAAAGACCUUGUAUUUUGACUAGUGAGACGUUACACGUGCUAUAAAGACCUUGUAUUUUGACUAGUGGGACGUUACACGUGCUAUAAAGACCUUGUAUUUUGACUAGUGGGACGUUACACGUGCAAUAAAGACCUUGUAUUUUGACUAGUGGGACGUUACACGCGCUAUAAAGACCUUGUAUUUUGACUAGUGGGAUGUUACACGCGCUAUAAAGACCUUGUAUUUUGACUAGUGGGACGUUACACGUGCUAUAAAGACCUUGUAUUUUGACUAGUGGGACGUUACACGUGCUAUAAAGACGUAUUUUGACUAGUGGGACGUUACGCGCUAUAAAGACCUUGUAUUUUGACUAGUGGGACGUUACACGCGCUAUAAAGACCUUGUAUUUUGACUAGUGGGACGUUACACGCGCUAUAAAGACCUUGUAUUUUGACUAGUGGGACGUUACACGCGCUAUAAAGACCUUGUAUUUUGACUAGUGGGACGUUACACGCGCUAUAAAGACCUUGUAUUUUGACUAGUGGGAUGUUACACGCGCUAUAGACCAUUUAUUCACAUUUUGACCAAUGAUUAUUACUGUGCUUGAUUUCCAAGCAGUUUUGAUCAUAGUUAUUUAGUUAAAUGUGUACUGUUGGAAAUUAAAAUUGAAUUUUAAAUUGUUAAACGAAUGGAGGAAUUCUCCAAUUUGGCUUUGUUUUCAUUUCGCCUAUUUUGGCCUAAAAUUUGUAAUUAUUUAUUUAUUGUUGCCAUUUAUAUAGCGCCAACAGAUUCCGUAGCGCUUUACAAUAUUACGAGAGGGGAUUAAUUCACUCCUAACAAUUCACACUAUACUGACUAACCUUGUAUGUGAUCUGGGCUCUGGGUUAAACCACCGUGGUGGGGAAUCUGAGAAUUUCCAGUACUCCAAAUUUAGCAUAUCUUGUAACAGUUAAACAAAGCAUAGCUGACAUGGCUUAGUGGGCAUCUUAGCCAGCAUAGAGUUAUGUGAUUUUAAAAAGUCUAAUUUUUCGAUAUUUGAAGACUUCCCUGAAGGGGAUAAUCCACAUUUUCAGAAUGUUCUAAAAGCCGUUAAGGUCAUGGGAGCUGACUACAUAUCCACCAUUGGAAAUACCACUUUUCAUCAAGAUGGGUUUGGGAGUGUAUAUAGAUGUUACUUCACACAGACCUGUGGGGAGGGCUCCCUGCUUCCUGCACCUCAGUCAUUCAUGCUCUGCAAUAUGUUAGCACUAUAUGAAUACUAAUAAUGAAAGGCAGAUAUUCCCAUUGUCUCACUGCUGCAACAGGAAGGGAAAUUAUUUUGUAUGAAUGCCUUGCAGUCUUUUUGCUGUUAACACUGCCUUUUCAGAGAAAAGGCAGUGUUUACUUUACAGCCUAGGAACACUUUCCGCUCUUCAGACGGCCGCUAGAGGUGUUUCCUAGGUCAAUGUUGCACGGUGCGCAGCACUGAUGCUCAGCUGAACUUUCCCCAUAGAGAUGCAUUGGUUCAACAGCAUUAGUAUGGCAAAGCAUUGUGGUUGGCAGAGAUGAUCGAUAUCAGCCAGAGACAGAUUGGGGCGGAGCCAGAAAUAAUGUGAAUUUUCUAGUUAUUUUAGAGGGGCUAGCAGGAUUUUACACUACAGGGUCAGAAAUACACACUUGUUUACACAUAAAGUGUUCCUUUAAAUAUGUAGUUACAAUAAAAAAUGGUGGAAGCAACCUUCUGGGCAUUCUGCAGGAUUCAAUGUACAUUAUGGUGGCUACCAUCCUCUGGACACAGUGGCAGCUAUCUUUAAAUACACAUGCCAUUUAAUCCCAGACAUAAAAAUGUAUCCACUGCAUAGGGUGGAGGUGGUAAUUCUCUUCAACUGUGGGAAUUUCCCGUUACCUUCCUUUGUUAAUACGAGUGAGGGAAAUGAAAAACAUAGGAUUAUAGUUGGUUAUAAGGCUCAGCGAUGUCCUCUAUGUCUAUUAUUUUCUGAAAAUCCCAUUUUAACAUUUUCUGGAUGUCAGACAAAAAAACUGUGGAGGUGCAGAUAGAUGUGUCACCACUGUUACUUUACCGUAUCAAAACCAUAUCUUCUUUAGGUAAUGAUCCUGCUCAUAUGGAUUCAAUGUUACAACGGCGUCUCCGUGAGAACCGCUCUGUAGCAAUGAAUCGACUGGAUGAACUCAUCAAAAAAUAUGCAGAAAUGCAAGAUGAUGGAGAGGAAGAGGAAAGAAAAAAGAAGAAGAAGGGCGGUGAUGCACACAGCAGCUCCCAGGUAAUUUUACGCUGUAUCUUGUCCCAAUGAAUGGACCUUGUGAGCUACCGGACGUCAGUGCAGUUACACCAUGCUUUCACAUUCUCAAUGCUUUACCACACAAGGAUCAAGACUUUAUUUAAAUUUGUCUGACAGAAAUGGUCCUCAGGAAUCUGUUGAAAGUGAUAGGCACAAAGCAUGUUACAUGUAAUUUAUUGGCAAAGGCAUGAAAAGUUUAAAAAAAACAAAAAAAAACACUAUUGAAACAUUUGUAGAUACAUUGUUCAAACAUUUAAAUAUUACCAGCCUGCCCACAGAGUAAGACUCAACAUAUUUUUAAAUGAACACUAUAGUGUCAGGAAUGCAAAGGUGUAUUCCUGACACUAUAAGAAUAAAUAGCAGUUUUUUCUUUUCGCCGCGCAGGUCUGGUUGCAUUUUAUUGCCCCCUUUGUCUGAGAUCAUCAAACUUGAUAAUCUCUGCUAAUUCAAUGCUUUCCUAUAGGAAAGCAUUUGGAGGGAGGCUAUUGUGCAUGCGCAGCUAAGCGCACCUCUGGGCCAAUCAGCAUCUCCUCAUAGAGAUGCAUUGAAUCAGUGCAUCUCUAUGCAGAGUGUGGAGCUGCUGAAGGUCAGUGCUGCAUGUUGUACAAUACUGACCCUGGAAGCACCUCUAGUCCGAGUGGCUGCCACUAGAGGUAUUACUAGGCAGUAAUGUACACACUGCCUUUUCUCUGAAAAGGGUGAUUACAUUAAAAAGCCUGCAAGGACCUGUUACAUACAGCAGAACAACUACAUUAGUUGUUCUGGUGACUAUAGUGCCCCCCUUCAUGUGUAGCAAGUAAUUUUAAGUGCUGUCUGCAUAUGUUAAAGCCGAAAAUAAACUUUGCAUAUUAGAAAAAUCGAGGUAUGAAACAAGUGAUGGGAUCUAUUCUUUAUAAAGAGAUUUCUUAUUUGCAAAGUCUCUUUCUGCUGUGACUAUUCAGCUCUUAUCUAUUUUCUCUAUAUUGUGUGACUUGUAGCAGGAGGGAGGCAUUAAGUGUCCCGACCAUUCAAAUAACUUUGUCUCUUAUUCAUAUUUCAGAAUGUUUCUGUCAUGGCUGCUUUACAGAUAACCAGCCAUCAUUUCCCUUUCCAUUAUAUACAGAUUUAUCCUUUUCUUUAUUCAUUUUUACAAUCCCAUGAAAAUGAUGUGCAAAGUCUGUGGAUAGUUUCCUCUUGUAAUGUAGUUCCCUUCGUGAUCGAUCUGAUAUUCAACUCUCUAGUAGAGAAUCUCUGGCCCUUCUUUUAUCAGUGUUAUUAGUAUGAUCAUUUCUAUUCUUGAUAAUGAAUUCAUUCUUAUCACCAGCCUAGCCGUAGGCAAUCUCCAUCAUCUCCGGAAUCCGAGGAAGAGGAGUCAGAAGAGGACUCGGACACUGAUAUUGAGGAGGAGCUCAUAAAUUCUCAAGAGAUGAUUGAUGGAGAAGAAAAAGAUGAAGAUGAAGGUGAGAUUGGGAUAUGGGUCAGGUGUUUUGGGAAAUAGUAUUAGAUUAACUCUUUGCAAUUUUACAUUUCCCUGAAGUUAUUUUACGUGCUGCACUAAUAAAUGAAAUUCAGUUACGGUUUGCGCUAUAUUAGAUAAACGAGGAAGUCAUAUAUGGGUGGCUAAGCAUAAAAUAAUAUAUAAAUUACAGGGGAGAUAAACACUAUAGUCGGCACAUCAAUCUGUCAAAAACUGCUCAUUUAGGAAAUGGUUAAUAGCAACCCAAUAUAUGGUUCACACCCACGGCACGAACAUGAUUAAUACGUCCGUGAUCAAUACAAAGGUUCUAGUAAGCGUGAAAGUGUCUGGAGAAUCACUGUGAGUAAAAGGUGAUUUAGAGGUUUGUGUGCAGCAUUCAUUUUGAGCUGCUCAUGCAGUCUGUAAAUAUGGUCCAAAUGACAGAGAGAAGCGCCAGGUAUUAAUUGAUACCCGAGCAGGCAUUUAACCAUCUUUGCACAAAAACUGCCUUUAAAGCCUAUUAUUUGUUGAACAAGAUGGAAUGUCCUAAGUGUUAAAUUAAACAAUGCUAGAACUUUAUUAUGCAUAUUGUAUUCCAGCACCUAUCCCUUCAGUUUAGGCACUCCAUUGUAAUGUGUAUUAUUUGUCUCUCUAUGGGUUUGUUUAGAGCAUGCGCAGAGCAAGCCAUGUUGUUUGUGUAGAACUUUGUAGAGUCCACAAAUUACACUACAUUGGGAUUAAGCUGUAGCGAAUAAUAUCCAAACCAAAUCACCUGAGCACAGACUUUAAUAGGUUGUCCAGUUGAAAACCCCUGAUGGUGCCUUGAGAGGUACAGCUAUUUCUUAACUGAGUACGGCUAAAACAUCUUAGGUAAUACAUGUCUUAGUUUACUGUGUGGUUCAUAAACAGGAACCCUCUCCCCUAGCAUUGUGGAUCUGUGCCAGGGGAGUUCCCAUGAGUAUAUUAGAUUAUAAUACUAUUUCCUGUCUUUGAAGAUGUCAUAUGCUCAGGGAAAUAUUUCCACAAAGUACGAAUGUCACAAAUAAGAGACAAGGGUCAUUUCGAUCUGGAACAAGAUGAUAAACUCUGCAUGCCCUCAUUUUAAAUCAUUUUAUAUAAGGUUUUUCUUGUCUUGGCUAAUUAAACACUAUACAGAUAAUUAUGUUUUUCUUUUUGCUCUGUACGCUGCAUCUUGCCAGCCUACUCUACAUACAUUUCCAGUGUAAUUUAUAGAUUUGGAAGAUCUCAGACUUUCUUGCUUUCUUCCAGAAGAGCGUCCUGCCGACCAGGAUAAUGAAGCUGAUCAGAGGAUGGAGAGUUCUUCAGAACCCCCUCAGCCCAUUUCUUCGGGUGGAGAGGAGGAAGAGGAGGAAGAUGGAGAAAGGAUAGAAGAGCAAAAUUCUAACUCUAAUGAAGAUGAAGUGGAGGAACCAGUUGAGCAGGAUACACCUCCAUCUUCAAAUCCACCAAUAGUCCAAGAGGAAACACCAACUACAUCUUUGGAGAUAGAAGUAGAACUUCUUCCCUUGGAACAUUCUCCUUGUUCUCCUGUUAACGACACUUUAUCUCAAAGCAGAGAGGACAUGGAGUUAGGUAAAGAGGAGAGUAAGCCAGAGGAAGACCGCUUCAGAGAUCACCCAACAUUGCCGAAAAUAUGUGAUGAUGUAGCUCAAGAGGUAGAAAAGGCAGGGCCAAUUUUAGAGUGCAGUUCAACAGGGGAUAUGCCAGAUGACAAAGUUAAGGCUUGUACACAGUGUGACACACCUACAGAUGUGAAAGGUGAUGUGAACAGUGCUACAGAUGGGCUGUGUUUGGAGAAUGAUUUAUCCUCUGGGAGUUGCUCAGUACAGGCUGGCAUUGAAGUUCCACAUGAAAAAAGCAGUGUGGAGGACAGCGAGGCAUUUGAAUCUGAUUCUGGACGCUCAUGUAUCCAAAAGAAGACUCCCUUCGCAGAGAAUAUCAUAUCUAUUGAUACCGAAAACAUAGAUGCAAAGACCCUGCAGCUACAAAAUGUCACACAUAUUAAAACAGAGGGACCGUGUGUUAAGCAACCUAAAGAGCACAGCAGACGCGUAGACUCAAGAAGACUAUGUAUGGAGAGUAGUGUGCAAACUGAGGAUCCUACGUUUAACAAGAGAACAGCCAAUACUGAGAGUGUAUUGAAAUGUGAUAACAUGAAGGGUGACACUCCCACAACGAACAGUCCCCUCAGCGGGGCUGAGAGUGAUAGGAAUGAGGAUACAGAUGCUACACAUGAUGGCAGCAGCAAUGGAGUUUCUCAUGUUAAUACAGAAACGCAAAACAGUACAGAUUCGCAUGGCCUAAAUAACCAUACGGAAAGACAGGGCCACCAAAAUUCUUCAAAUAAGGAAAGGACCAAGGACUCAACCCCCCAUUCCAGGAAGAGAAAAAAAAUCCCUACAAAACUUAUUCUUAAUAAUGGGAAGAACAUGUUAAACGGGAGCAAUGAGGAUGAAAGCAGGAAGGAUAAAAAAUGCAAGAGAGCAAGGAGAGAUUGGUAAGGAAGGAGUUCAUUACUGUCAAGAAUAUGGGAAGUGACGGGUUAAACUGCUCUGAGUUAGUGUGUACAGUGUCAGGAAAAGUGGGUUAAGUGGAUGUUGAAGCAUUGUCAGGAAUGGUAGAGGAAUUGGAGAUUGAAGCAUUGUCAGGAAUGGUAGAGGAAUUGGAGGUUGAAGCAUCGUCAGGAAUGGUAGAGGAAUUGGAGAUUGAAGCAUCGUCAGGAAUGGUAGAGGAAUUGGAGAUUGAAGCAUUGUCAGGAAUGGUAGAGGAAGUGGAGAUUGAAGCAUUGUCAGGAAUGGUAGAGGAAGUGGAGAUUGAAGCAUUGUCAGGAAUGGUAGAGGAAGUGGAGAUUGAAGCAUUGUCAGGAAUGGUAGAGGAAUUGGAGAUUGAAGCAUUGUCAGGAAUGGUAGAGGAAUUGGAGAUUGAAGCAUUGUCAGGAAUGGUAGAGGGAUUGGAGAUUGAAGCAUUGUCAGGAAUGGUAGAGGGAUUGAAACAUUGUCAGGAAUGGUAGAGGGAUUGGAGAUUGAAGCAUUGUCAGGAAUGGUAGAGGGAUUGAAACAUUGUCAGGAAUGGUAGAGGAAUUGGAGAGUGAAGCAUUGUCAUGAAUGGUAGAGGAAUUGGAUGCUGAAGCAUUGUCAUGAAUGGUAGAGGAAUUGGAUGCUGAAGCAUUGUCAUGAAUGGUAGAGGAAUUGGAUGCUGAAGCAUUGUCAUGAAUGGUAGAGGAAUUGGACGCUGAAGCAUUGUCAUGAAUGGUAGAGGAAUUGGACGCUGAAGCAUUGUCAUGAAUGGUAGAGGAAUAGGACGCUGAAGCAUUGUCAUGAAUGGUAGAGGAAUAGGACGCUGAAGCAUUGUCAUGAAUGGUAGAGGAAUAGGACGCUGAAGCAUUGUCACGAAUGGUAGAGGAAUUGGACGCUGAAGCAUUGUCAUUAAUGGUAGAGGGAUUGAAGCUUUGUUAUGAAUGGUAGAGGAAUUGGAGAUUGAAGCAUUGUCAGGAAUGGUAGAGGAAUUGGACGUUGAAGCAUUGUCAGGGAUGGUAGAGGAAUUGGACGUUGAAGCAUUGUCAGGGAUGGUAGAGGAAUUGGACGUUGAAGCAUUGUCAGGGAUGGUAGAGGAAUUGGAGAGUGAAGCAUUGUCAUGAAUGGUAGAGGAAUUGGAUGCUGAAGCAUUGUCAUGAAUGGUAGAGGAAUUGGAUGCUGAAGCAUUGUCAUGAAUGGUAGAGGAAUUGGAUGCUGAAGCAUUGUCAUGAAUGGUAGAGGAAUUGGACGCUGAAGCAUUGUCAUGAAUGGUAGAGGAAUUGGACGCUGAAGCAUUGUCAUGAAUGGUAGAGGAAUAGGACGCUGAAGCAUUGUCAUGAAUGGUAGAGGAAUAGGACGCUGAAGCAUUGUCAUGAAUGGUAGAGGAAUAGGACGCUGAAGCAUUGUCACGAAUGGUAGAGGAAUUGGACGCUGAAGCAUUGUCAUUAAUGGUAGAGGGAUUGAAGCUUUGUUAUGAAUGGUAGAGGAAUUGGAGAUUGAAGCAUUGUCAGGAAUGGUAGAGGAAUUGGACGUUGAAGCAUUGUCAGGGAUGGUAGAGGAAUUGGACGUUGAAGCAUUGUCAGGGAUGGUAGAGGAAUUGGACGUUGAAGCAUUGUCAGGGAUGGUAGAGGAAUUGGACGUUGAAGCAUUGUCAGGGAUGGUAGAGGAAUUGGACGUUGAAGCAUUGUCAGGGAUGGUAGAGGAAUUGGACGUUGACACAUUGUCAGGGAUGGUAGAGGAAUUGGACGUUGAAGCAUUGUCAGGGAUAGUAGAGGAAUUGGAGAUUGAAGCAUUGUCCGGAAUGAUGAAGUGUUGAGUGAUGUCAGCAAUGGUAGUUAAGUAGUGUCAGCGACUGCAGAUAAAAAGACAAGCAAGAAGAGUAUAAUGUCAUUGUUGAAAUAAGAAUAUGCUCAAAAAGGUGUGGGACAUCCUGUUUAAAGAUUCCACGAGGGAAAUUGCGUGAGAAGCUCGCCAUGAUAUUGCAAUGUCACAUUCUCCUCACAUUUUUCUUUGUUUUGAAUAAUGUUCUCUCCUCAGUUACUAUUCAUCACUCCUCAGUUCACCUGACCCAGCCAGUGACCAUGAGAACACACAUGACAUUUCUUUAGACCUGGUGGUGACCUGUAGCCCCCCAGAAUCCCCUUCCUCUCCAGUCAAUAAUCGCCUCAUGGUGAGUCUGAGAACAUAAUUUUCUUUUAAGGCAGGUUGACUAGUAAUUUAAUAUAGAAUCCAAUGGCAAUGUCUUAAUAUUCUCUCCCCCUCCCUUUCUUCUCUGCCCAUCACUGUUUUUGGCAUCUUUAUUCACAUGACUCAUUGUGUACUUGACUCACUCUUUCACGACUAUUUUUUUUGCGUGCCACACUUUGGCGUGUUUUAAAUGUUCUCCUUUCUCUUGUCCACAGUCUAAUGUCUCCACACAGUGUGAUCCGGAUGAAGUGAUUGUUCUCUCUGACUAA